CGUCACAGCGCGCGGUUGUUUAGAUGUGGAAGCGGAGACUUCACACCCGGAGUGACCCCUGAAGACAUGGAUCGGUACCUGCUGCUGGUGGUCUGGGGGGAAGGAGGAAUCCGGUCGGUGGCGAGUGGAGAGGCGGAGUAUGGGCCAGAAGUGCCGCCUGUCGAGGGUACUGAGAAGCGGCCGGACUUAACAGCAUCAAAUGUUUAUCACCUUCUGAAAAGAAACAUUAGCGCUUCAGUUAAUCCUGAAGAUAGUACUUUUCCUGCGUGUUCAGUGGGCGGUAUACCUGGUUCCAAGAAGUGGUUCUUUGCAGUGCAGGCAGUAUGUGGCUUUUAUCAGUUUUGUAGUUCUGAUUGGCAAGAGAUACAUUUUGAUAUGGAAAAUGACAAAAUUGAAGAUGUUCUUCAAACAAAUACUGAAGAAUGUUUGAGUGCUGUUGAAUGUUUUGAAGAAGAAGAUAGUAAUAGCAGGGAAUCGUUAUCCUUGGCUGACCUUUAUGAAGAGUCUGCAGAAAAUUUGCAUCAGUUAUCAGACAAGCUUCCUGCUCCUGGUAGAGCAAUGAUAGAUAUAAUACUAUUGCCUUCUGACAAAAAUUCUCCUAAAUGGAAAGACUGUUUACCUGCUAUAGGAGCAUUAAAACAUUUGAAAGAAUGGUAUUCAGCAAAAGUAACUAUAGCAGGAAAUCGUUGUGAAACAAAUUGUCAGAAAAUUGUGGAAUACCUUUCUGCUAAUGUUGUAUCCCUAGAAGAUCUCGGAAAUGUUAUUGACUCAAAGGAAUUAUGGAGAGGAAAGAUACAGAUAUGGGAGAGAAAGUUUGGAUUUGAAAUUAGCUUUCCUGAAUUUUGUUUAAAGGGAGUCACACCUAAGAAUUUUAGUACAUCUAAUUUAAAUACUGGCUUUCUUGCCAAAAAGAUGCUACCAUUAAAGGAUAAGAAUAUUUUGCCAAAGGUUUUCCAUUAUUAUGGCCCUGCUUUAGAAUUUGUACAGAUGAUAAAAUUAUCAGAUCUACCCUCCUGCUAUAUGUCAGACAUCGAAUUCGAGUUAGGAUUGACAAAAAACAGUACCAAACAGAAUUCCAUGUUGCUGUUGGAACAGAUUUCAUCUCUGUGUGGCAAGGUGGGUGCUCUUUUUGUAUUGCCAUGUACUGUUAGUAACAUACUUACUCCACCUCCCAACCAACUCAGUUCAAGAAAAUGGAAGGAAUAUAUAGCUAAAAAGCCAAAAACAAUCAGUGUUCCAGAUGUUGAAGUGAAAGGAGAGUGUUCUAGCUAUUAUCUCUUAUUACAAGGUAAUGGUAACGGUAAAUGUAAGGCUACACUGAUUCACUCAGCAAACCAGAUCAAUGGCUCAUUUGUACUCAGUUUAAUUCAUGAAAAGAUGAAAACAAAGACAGAAGAAGCCAAAUUGAGCUUUCCUUUUGACUUAUCAUCACUUCCCCAUUUUUCUGGGGAACAGGUUGUACAGAGAGAAAAACAGCUAGCUAAUGUUCAAGUUUUGGCUUUGAACGAAUGCCUGAAAAGAAGAAAGUUGGCAAAGCAGCCUGAAACACUUUCUGUUGCUGAACUCAAAAGUCUGUUACUACUCACAAGGGAACGCUUUUUUCAUCAUUUUGAUGCUGUUACUCCUCCCAAAAUGCUAAGAAAGACAGGCAAAAUUAAAACUUCUAAUAUUUUAAAGGAUUUCAGUCUAGUAGAACCUGAUUCCUCAAGUCUAAUGGAAACCAAUAAUCUGGAAUGGCCAGAAAGGCAUGUUCUUCAAAAUUUGGAAACUUUCAGAAAAGCUAAACAAAAAAUGAGAACUGGUUCAUUGCCUCGUUCAUUGGGCCACAAAGAGGGUCCUCGAGAUUGCAUCACAUUAUUGGAUGCUAAAGAAUUGCUGAAACACUUUACCUCAGAUGGGUUACCAGUUGGAGAUCUUCAGCCUUUACCAAUUCAAAAGGGGGAAAAGACUUUUGUUCUGACACCAGAACUUAGUCCUAGGAAACUUCAAGUCUUACCUUUCGAGAAAGCCUCAGUAUGUCAUUAUCAUGGAAUUGAAUACUGCUUGGAUGGCCGAAAAGCGCUGGAAAGAGAUGGCGGAUUCUCUGAACUUCAGUCUCGUCUUAUUCGUUACGAAACUCAGACUACCUGCACCAGAGAAAGUUUUCCUGUACCUGCUGUGCUGAGCCCUCUUCCAUCUCCUGCAGUUUUGUCGGAGACUGGAAGUGUUCCUGACGGAGAUUCUUUACAAAGUGAGCUUCGAACUGAAGGAUCCAGACUGAAAAGGAGAUCUAAAGAUCUGGAUUGCCUUUAUCCCAAAAAAAGACUUAUGAAAUCUGAGAGUUCAGAUUCUCUUCUUUCUCAGACAAGUGGCAGUGUUAAUCAUCAUCACAUGAUAAAGCCCAGAAAGCCACAGGCAAAGCCGUCGUUGCCACUGGCAUGUCCAGUUCCUAGCUGUGAAACUCCAAAAGUCACUACAAAGUCCAGUUCAGGUCAAAAAAACGUGCAGGAACCAAAAACAUCAAGGCAAACUAAGGAAUCAAGAUCACAGAAACAUACACGGAUAUUAAAAGAAGUAGUUACUGAAACCCUGAAGAAACACAGUAUUACUGAGGCUCAUGAAUGUUUCACUGCGUGCAGCCAGCGUCUCUUCGAAAUCUCUAAGUUUUACCUAAAGGAUCUUAAAACUUCAAGGGGUCUAUUUGGAGAAAUGAAAAAAACAGCUAACAACAAUGCUUUACAGGUAAUCGAAUGGGUAUUAGAAAAGACAAGCAAGAAAUGACCCAGAAUCAUUCUCUUUAGGACCAUUUUGAAUUGGGUGGAGCUAUUAUCUACUACUUUUCUCUUAGUUUGAAAAUCAGAAACAAAUUUCAAAUUUUAUUCAAAGAAUAGAUAUCUUAUUUCUAAGGAAUUUCAUAAAUACGUAUGUAGUUUUGGGGCUACUCAGUUAAUGUUUUAAUUUUGUGCAUAUUUUAUACAGUUUUACUAUAUUUUAUUUUAAUUAAGUUAUUUUUAUAUGUUGUUAAAUUUUUACUCUUGGUUAUUUAAUUAGCACAAUAAAUAGAA